GAGAUCUGUGCAGCCACAGGUGCGCGCCCACGCCCGCCGCACGAAGCGGGCUGCCCUAAAACCAGACAACGCGUAUCUCUGUCGUAGCUUGGAACUGCUGCGGUACUGCCUGCGGAGCACGACACGCUGACGAGGACAACACUGCUUGGUCUGCCUGUGGAGCUACAUUCGGUUGCGACAUCGAUCGAACCGCACCGCAACAUGGUCCAGAACUACUUCGCCACGCACCUCGCGCCGGUCUGGCAGGCUUUGAGGGAUGAGACGCAGACCGCUUUAUUAGCUGGUUUAGCCGGAGGCAUCGCAAUAUUGGUCAUCCUCACCUUGUUCCCCGGCGACCCCUUCGACUACGGCGCCGGCGACGACGGGAACGCCGAGGGACUCAAAAAAUACCGCGCCGCCUACGAAAGAGCGCGGCAACGGGGAGAGAAGCCGCCGCCGAUGCCGACACCUACCGAGUUGAAAAAGCCGGAAGCGAAGAAAGAGAAGGAUCCGCCGCUCGUCAUCGACGAGGAGCGCCUCGCCGAGAAGGCGCGGCAGGCCGAAAAACUUUUUGGCAUCAAGGCCGAGCAGUAUAAACAAGCGGUCGUCGAGGCGACGGCCGAGGCGAACGCCGGCGUCCAUGUUGAUGAUAGGGAUAUGGAUCUGGGCGGCGGCGGCUCGAUGCUUUCCUUGGUACCGUUUCUGUUGUGCGCCGGCGUUUUAAUAUCGUACGUGCGCUCGGCGAGUUCACCGGCGGGACCGCCGCCGUCCUUCGCCGCGUUCCUGGCGCGGGCCUUCCCGCGCGAGGCGCGCGUCUUCGGCUGGGUCGCCGAGUCUGUCCCGGCGCCGCGGCUCGCGCCGACGCUGGUCCCGUCCGUCUCUCCUGAUAUCGCGUCGGCGGCCGGCGGGGAGUUGUAGUAGUUGCGUUUCAUCAU